UUAAUUUGGGCCGCUACGUUUACUGCUAUUUUUUGUUCACAGUAAUGGAUGGAUAUAAAUUACCCAGUUCUGGGUUUGCCAUUACAGGCUGAUACCAUAGUAUCUGACACAAAGCUUCGUGCAUUCAGCAAGGAGUUGAGCGAGUCACUCAUCAGUCUGUAAACAUGCCACAGUAUCUAACAGACAUAACAGUGUUCUGCGUAUUUUUGCUUACUGGCAGUUGUGUCCAUGGCAAUAACUUUACCACCAUUCCAUCCGUAACUUUGCCAGUCAGAAACUUGUAUAUUCCUGCGCUAUUUCCACCAUCAUUGAUAUAUUUCGUCAAUGAAUCUUUAACCGAUUUGGAUACUCUGAUAGAGGCUAACAGUUUUGCGUGCGGUAGAUACUCUUUCUGUAAUUCCACAUAUGGAGGGUACGAGCGUUCACUACCUUGUGCGAAGUGCGAGCCUUGUGAGUGUGAUUCUCUGUGCCAUGAUUUCGGGGAUUGCUGUGCCGAUCUGGGUGGAACACAGAAAACCCAGUCCAUUCCCUGGACGUGCGUGAAGCGGCUUGACAAGUCCAUGGGGAUAGAUAUGAAUUCUUAUGCGUUCAUGGUAACUUCCUGCACAGAGGCUGGCAACAGACCUGGAAACACCAAGAACAACAAACGUAAAUGCGAGCAAGCCACUGAAACCAACAUCGACGAGAUGACGCCAGUCACUGAUGUCCUCACCAAUGUCACCUACAGGAACCGUUUCUGCGCUGCCUGUUAUGACGUCACUAACAUUACACUGUGGAGACUUUCAGUUGAGUGUCAGGUAGGAGCAAUUCAUGUGACAGGUGUGUCUAGAGAAGAACUUGCUCGACGGGUUCUGAUGUCGGAUAAAUGUAUCGUCAGAGAUGUACGCCCGCCAGAUGUCUACGUCAGACCCUGUUACAGCGCCUACUUCAGCACCUGUGACGUCAGUCUCCGUGGUAAUUACAGUAGUGUGAGCGAGAGACUGUGUUACUCAUCGUCUGGAGCUCCUGUAACUAUAAACCAGGAGACUUACCGUAACGUAUUCUGUGCUCUCUGUAAUGGUAUUGUGCUUGACCGUUAUUGUACAUUUUUUGAAAUUGAAUUUGCUCCAUUUCCAAGAUAUCAUGGAUUAAACGUCCUCCUAGAUCUUAACCCCAAAUCCUCUGACCAAGCUACAGGAAAAGACAACUCUCUCUUGAAUGACUCGUGUCAAACAACUGAAACAUAUGACCCCCUUACGGAAAACUGUCUGCCUACGAAGUGUCCGCCAAGACAUGUUUACACUGAUGGAGUUUGUCAGCCUGUGUACGUAACAGCAGACGCUCAGGGUUAUGAACUGUUAUUGAAAGUGACCCUUUCCCCGCCCCUGGACAAUGGUCAUCUUCAAGAUCUCGUCACAACCUACGUGGACGAAAUGAAGGAAGAAUGGCUGGAAUAUCGACCAUUUCAUCUUUUCUACGCUGAGUAUCGUGAAAUUCUCAUCAACGGUACCGCUACCCCCGAUGACAACAACGCUGAGCGCGCGUUGGGGUUCUUUCUCAACAUUACUCUCGCUCCAUCAUCAGCUGACAGUUUAUCUGACACUGAAGAUAAGCUCCGCGCCCUCGAGAAUCGUCUGAAAGGUUUGACCGUAGGUGGGCAGAAUGUCAGCUUACAUACAGAACCUGUCAAUUGUUUGGAUUCUAUGUCAGAAGAUACGCCUGGUCUUCUGGCUCAAGAGGCCCUACCCGCAAGCUUCAAGAUUUGUCUGCAUAACGAAUGUACAUUUGAAAUCAUCCCAUUAUUCAAUACUCUAAACUGUCCCCAAAUAGAAGUGAACCUUUCUGGCAUCGAGCAUAGUUACGAUGAACACAAUUUAACUCUGUAUAUCAAGAAUACCUUUGUCAAGUUGAACAGAACAUCCUAUCUAUAUUGUAACGAUUUGCUGAAACUUUGCGCGACUGCAGUGUCUGAUAUACAACAACAACUUAACAAAGUCAGCGGUGAGGUCCUUGGUCUGAUCUCCAUCAUCUGUCUGAGUCUCUCACUUGUGUGGUUGUUGUUAACUUUCAUCAUUUUCUGUCUCCUUCCACAACUACGAACACUACCAGGUAAAAACACUAUGGCACUUAUACUACAUCUGUUUUUUGCUCAGUUAUUGUUCCAAGCCGGUAUUGACGGCACAGACGAUGUCACAACAUGUAGGGUGAUUGGUGUAGUCAUACACUACGCUUGGCUGGCCACAUUUGGCUGGAUGGCCGUCAGCGCUUACCACAUGUAUGCUGCCUUCACCAACAUGUCGGUAAUCAGCAGCGCCGGGUCAAAGACGGGGCAUGGUAGAGCUUUGUUCAAAUACACAUGCGUGAGUCAUUUGCUAGCUCUAAUCUUCGUGUCCGGCUGCCUCGGUUAUAAUCUAGCCACCUCCUCUGGGGAGACAUUUGGGUAUGGACGAAAGAAGUGUUUUAUAGACGUGCCAUUUGAUAUUGGUCUUUUUUUCGCUCUGCCCCUGGCAAUAAUAUUGGCUUUCAAUACACUUUGCUUCGUAAAGACCGUGCUGGCAAUCCGAAGUGUCCCGGACAUGAAAUCUGUCAAAAACAGAGCUAACAAAACUCACCUGAACGCCUACUGCCGCUUAUCCGUGCUGCUGGGUUUUACUUGGGUGUUUGGCUUCGUCGCCUCUGCCCUUCAAAGUGAUGUCUUCUGGUACCUGUUUGUCAUUCUGAAUGGUCUCCAGGGCGUGUUUAUAGCUCUGGCAUAUUGUGCCAACAAAAGAGUCAUAGACAUGCUUAAAACAAGGUUCAAACCGUUGCCAGUUUCUACAGUGUCUCAGUCAACCAAUGUCACGAACUCAUCUUCUCCCAUUCACAUCCAGUCGUCUAAGAUCUGAAAGAAAGAAGGAAAAUCACGUCUUUGGGUCAAGGUUUCUAAGAUAUGAUGAAAGCAGACAGCAACCACUUUGAGUUGAGCUGUUUCUUAUGGGAUAAAUCCCCAUUGACAAUUAAUUCGUCACCAUUACAUGUAAACAGACAAAUUUGUUGACUUAUAUGAUUUCUUUCUUUUUAAUAUUAAAUUGCUUUGUUAUUUA